CCGGGGUUCUUCGGCCACCAUCAAAAUCAGAAGAAAAAGAAAGAGGUGACGGCUGAGAAAAAAGGCGACUUUCCCUCCUCCUAUGAGCCGUGACUCGAGAGCGACUUCGCCCCGUCCUCCGAUGCCAUCGCGGUCGCGCGUAGCCGUGAUCGGCGCGGGGGCGGCCGGCCUGGUGGCGGCGCGGGAGCUGCUGCGCGAGGGCCACGGGCCCGUCGUCGUCGUCUUCGAGCGCGCCGCGGCCGUGGGCGGCACCUGGCGCUACGACGACGCGGCGUCCGCGGACCCGCUUGGCGCCGGCGCCGUCCACGGGAGCCUCUACGCGUCCCUCCGCACCAACCUGCCCCGCGAGUGCAUGGGCUUCCUCGACUUCCCCUUCCUCCCCGUCCCCGGCGACCCGCGGAGGUUCCCCGGCCACCGGGAGGUGCUCCGGUAUCUCGAGGACUUCGCGCGGCGGUUCGACCUCCUCCGGCUGGUCCGGCUCGAGACGGAGGUGGUCGGCGUCCGGCGCAGGGGCGCGAGUAGCUGGACCGUGUCGUACCGCUCGAGGAAGCUCGCCGGCGCCGGCUGCGACGGACUGGAGGAGGAGGAGGUGUUCGACGCCGUGGUCGUCUGCAACGGCCACUUCACCGAGCCCCGCCUCGCCGACAUCCCCGGCAUAGACGGUUGGCCCGGGAAGCAGAUGCACAGCCACAGCUACCGUGUGCCCGAUCCUUUCCUCGGACAAGUUGUGGUGAUAAUAGGAUACAAUCCCAGCGGGAUGGACAUCUCCAGGGACAUUGCCGGCGUCGCCAAAGAGGUCCAUGUCGCCAUUCGAGCGGCGCCUGCUGAGAUCCCGAGCAGCACCACUACCCGUGCCAACCUCUGGCUACAUCCCAUGAUCGAGCGUGCGGAGAAAGACGGCAGCUUGGUGUUCGAAGACGGCAGCCGGGUGAAGGCGGACGCCAUCGUCCACUGCACUGGGUACAAGUACAGCUUCCCGUUCCUGGAGGAAGAGGAAGAGGGUGGUGCUGGUGGUGGUGGUGGUGGUGGUGCUGGUGUAGUAGUGAGCGUGGACGACAACCGCGUGGGUCCGUUGUACAAGCACGUGUUCCCGCCGCGGCUGGCGCCUCACAUCUCCUUCGUCGGGCUGCCAUUCAAGGCAAUCCCUUUCCCGGUGUUCCAGCUACAGAGCAGCUGGGUGGCGGGAGCCCUGUCGGGGCGGAUCGAGCUGCCGUCACCGGAGGAGAUGAUGAUGGACGUGGUGGCGUUCUACUCGGACAUGGAGGCCCAUGGGCGCCCCAAGAGAUUCACCCAUGACCUGGGAGCGUGCACAUUCGAGUACGAGGACUGGCUGGCGGAGCGGUGCGGGCGGGAGGGGAUCGAGGAAUGGAGGAAGGCGAUCCACGUGAAGGCGAGAGCCAGGGUGUGGCACCGGCCGGAGAGCUACCGGGACGAGCACUGUGACGACGACGACGACCUGCUGGACCAAGCGCACCGCGAUCUCGCCAAGUACCUCUGAUAUGUGCUUCACCAUCUCCGUCCUGUGGCUCCAUCGACGGCGCUACACUUGCGAUUCUUGUUGUAUCACUUGCUGGGCUGCAAAAAAGCAGAAUUCAUUGUGUGUGACAAACAGACAGCAAAAACAUGUUGAAUGUGUGAGUGAAGUUCAAAAGAAAGCAGAAUUCAUUGUGUGACAUAAA